UCGCGGCACCGCUUGGGUCAGGGCAAUGGCCAAAGGCUGGCUGUCAUUCCUUGCGGUGUGCCUAGCGGGCUUCGCCGUGCUGUACCAAGUCGAGGUGGACCAAGAUCGCUGGGUUGCUUUACAAGUCAUCACGCUGAAGGCCAGCACGAGUGACGCCUACCGCUUUGUCACCAGCUCCGAGUACAUGAGCAAGUGGCUGCCGUUCGUAAGCUCGGUCCUCGAAGCCGAUGGCAAGCAGAUGUCGGUUGGAAAACAUUACCGAGCUACCUACGAGUUCCCCCUGAUAGGCGAGUUCCACAUGUCGUACCAUGUGGUGGAGUACGUGCCCCAUCGGAAGGUAGCCGUAGAGAGCGAGUCGUGGCUGCGUCCUCGCCUCGAGCUGCGCUUCGAGCCCAGCGAUGACGCCCAGUGCCGCAUGCACGUCCUGGUAUCCUUCCGCCGACGCAGCUACCUCUUUCAGUACACGCUUGGUCCCGUGUUGCACUUCGUAAGCAACCAGCAACUCCAGCGCUCCCUGUUCCUGCUACGAAUGGUCUUCCCGCAGUGACUAGGGCGUAGCCGGCCCCGCGCUCCCAAGCGUGGGCCGGAGUCGCUCGUCGUGAAGCUGCCCAGCGCGGGGUUCCGAUACUGAGCAACAUGCACGGUGCAAGGCCCGCGUGCGCAAAUGCCGAGCCCCGUGCUCCACUUCGGACGACGUGGAGUGGGACAAUGAACUGUACAUUCUAUGUGCAUACAAGCUGAAUUCUCUCUCUCGCUUUUUUUUUUCGGCCGUAAAUAUUUUGUAUCCUUACCAUUCUGACUUUAAGCGUUCCUCACUAUGUCUCGUCGUAAUCUUUUUGUUAUAUGCUGGAAAUUGCUUAGUCUGUACAAGUGAGGAGGAGGGUGAAAGGUGGGUGGCAUUUUAUUGUAAGUGCAUCUCAAAAUAAUUUCGUAAUAGCGGAUACAGCAGCAAAUAAAACGUUCGAGGUGAUGCUGCAAGGAGGCAAGCUAUACACUCCCGAUGGAGAUUCUUUCUCGAAUGAUGAUGAUGAUUUAUUGGCAACCCUUUCGAAACGGGGCUGUGACAAGUAGUCACCUAGCCUGCUUCAGCUAAUCAGGUGAUCUAUACAUAUUUAUCAGUCUAGCAUUUUUUUCUGUGUCUGCUUAAUAUUUCCUCUCUUCCUUAAAACAUCUAU